AUGUCGAACCGCCAGCAGCGUGUGAUGGUACAGCCCAUCAAUGUGAUCUUCAAAAACCUGCAACAAAGAACCAAAGUCUCUAUCUGGCUGUACGACAACAUUGAGAUGCGUAUCGAAGGGCGAAUCAUUGGUUUCGACGAGUUCAUGAACGUUGUGGUAGACGAGGCUGCUGAAGUCUAUGUGAAGGACGCUAAGCCGCGCAGAGAUCUCGGGCGGAUACUGCUAAAGGGCGACAACAUCACACUGAUCGAGCAAGUUUCAUGA